AUGAACAGUUAACUUAUGGGAAGAUGUGUAAGCACCCUGGAAAACAAUGAAAUUUAGGGUAUGCAAACAGCAGCUUGAAAUACAGCAAAGCCUUUGCCCCCCCCCCAACCUGCCCACUGCACUUUGCAGUGCUGUCCUCAUCAGAGAGGGGUGUGAGGGCUUCUUCAUAAGACCUUUUGGGUUUCCUUUCCCCUGCAACCCACCCCUAGUCAGGAAGCGGUCAUCUGCUCUGACUGUCUCAAACCUGGUUCAGGUACAAAGUGAAUGCAGCUAAAAAAUUUUAGUUGGAUUGUAGCUGGGUUGAGGAAAAAAUGCAUCUAAAGGCAGAUUUUCCUCAAGAAACUACAGGAUGGAUAUGUAUUGUGGCUAACAUCAUACGUAUGCAGCUUCAAAAACUAGAAGAGGGAGCACACUGGAUGUGGAGUAGGCAAUAAUGUGUGUAUACCCUUAGGCUCUGUAAGGAGUGAGUGAACAAAACAUCCGUGCCUCACAUUCCAGACUAAAUCAUGAGUGGGCAUAACCCUUAACAUAAUAUUUUGUAGUACUUAUUUCCAUAAUAACACAUUUCUAAAUGGUUUAAUGGUUACAUAUUUAUGGUGUAGAAUCCCAACUAUCUUUGGCAGGCAAUCUUUUAAAACUUCACUGCUCCAGAGCAAUUGCUUCCCUGACCCUGAACUUGCCCCACUGCCGGAUGCACAGACUCGUAAAGCCAUGCCCUCCGCAGACACACACGGGCGGCAGAUCUGCCUCUACGCAUUUUGUAUGUGUUGAGAAUAAGGAUCCCAAGAAUGGGCACUGGGUUCAUAUUCCCAUGGAAUCGUAAAUGAAACACGAUCCCUUUAAGAGAGUUGAUUCCCAUUAAGUCUGUGCUGCUGCUGCCGCCGUAGCUUCUGGCAAAGCGACCCUCUCCUGCACCUCCCUGGUUCUCAGCUGUAUAAAAUUGAGGUCACUAGGAGCUCAGUUUCAGAACAAGUGAGUGAGAGCUGGUGAAUGCUACUUGCACACUGUGCUUCUCAGGAAGGCUGUGUGGGCUUAGAGGCAGCAGUGAAGCCAUGAAGGAGCUGUUGACUUGGUUGCUCUCAGCUUGGAUGGUAUGGGAAGCGGUCGGGAGCACUGCACGCCUCCACAAAGCAAACAACCAGGAUGGCAGAUGCAUCUAUUCCUUCACAGUCCCCAGUGCAAAUGAAGCCAGCUGCACUGACCCUGGGGAAGUGAUGGCCAUUAUCAGGGAUCUCCAGAGGGAAAGCAACAGCCAGCACCUGGAACUGGAGUCCUCCAAAGCAAGGCUCAGUCUCCUGGAGACCCUGGUCAGCCAGCUGCAUGGAAACCAAGCAGCAAGGAGUUCCUCCUUCUCUGUGGUGAGUUUGCUUCAAAAAGAGGUAGAGAGUCUGAAGAGAGAACAAGCCCAGAGGGACACACAGGUCAGCAGGUUGGAAUACACCAUCAGCAACCUGCUCCAAGACAAGUCUGACUUGCAAGAAGAUAAGAAGUGGCUGGAGGAAGAGAGGACUGAGCUGGGAAGGAGGUUGGAGAACACCAUGCAGGAGGUGGAGCGGCUGAGAGCCAGCCACUGUCCCCAGGCUGGAGAGGCACCCAGCAGGGACUCCCUUCAAGAGUCGAAGGGGAACACAGACACUCUGGACUACCAAGAGCUCAAAUCGGAGCUGGUGGAGGUUCCUGCAUCCCGCCUCUUUCAGGGAAGCCCCUCGCCUGGCCUCCCCAGCGCGGAGGGAGAAGAAUCAGGCUGUGGAGUGCUCAUAUCGGUUGGUGAACCAGUGACCUUCCGCAGGGCAGAGACCAUUGCUGGCAAGUAUGGCGUGUGGAUGAGGGACCCAGAACCCAUCUCUCCCUACAGCCGAGAGACAACUUGGAGAGUUGAUACCGUUGGUUCAGAUGUCCGCCAAGUCUUUGAGUACAACAAUGUGGAUCAGUUCACCAAAGGCCACCCUUCCAAAGUACAUGUGCUGCCCCGAUCCAUGGAGAGCACUGGAGCUGUUGUUUAUCGGGGUUCCCUCUACUUUCAGAUGCGCAAGUCUAGAAUAAUGGCAAAAUAUGACCUGAAGACAGAAGUUAUUACGGUCCAAAAGGAGCUACCCAAUGCCGGCUACCACGGACAGUUUCCCUACUCAUGGGGUGGAUAUACAGACAUUGACUUUGCAGCUGAUGAGAUGGGGCUGUGGGUAAUUUACAGCACUGAAAAGGUAAAGGGGGCCAUUGUGCUUUCUAAACUGGACCCAGAGACCAUAGAGAUUGAACAAACAUGGGAAACCAACAUCCGCAAGCAGUCAGUGGCAAACGCCUUCAUGAUUUGUGGCUCCUUGUACACCAUCAGCAGCUACUCAUCCCCUGAGGCCACUGUGAAUUUCAUCUACUCCACUAAGACAGGAACGAGUGCACCACUGAACAUCCGCUUUGAGAACCGCUACAGAUACAGCAGCAUGGUAGAUUAUAAUCCCACAGAAAGAAAACUCUUGGCUUGGGAUAACUUCAAUAUGGUUGCCUAUGAUAUCAAGCUUUCCAAGAUGUGAUCUGCUUGGAGAGAGUGGGAAGAUGCCACCUGCCAGCGAGGCUCAUUUCCAAGGGAAGCUUGGAGCAGGAAGUCCACAUAACCACCAUUACUUUGACUAGUUACAAUAUGGGGCACACAAAUCAUGCCAAAGUUCUCCUGGCCAAGCUCUACUGAGGGAGCAGGAGCUUUGUGCAAGCUCACCCCUGUGCUUAGUGGCUGUGCUCUUGUGCAGCUGCUAUUCAUUUCAGUGGAGUUUAGGAAGGAGAACCUCCCAUUGAUUGUACCCCAGUUCACUGCCCUAAAUGGGCAGGCACUGCCAUUUGCUCCAAAUGUCUCUGCACAGUGUAGUCUUUCCUAAUUAGACCUGGAACACAAAUGCAUGCAGCCUUCAAAAUGACACAGCCCCUUUGCCUCUGGAGCUCUCUGCUUAGCCUGGCCAUAGGAUUCAGCACUGUUGGUCAACAAGCAGGACUGAAGUAAUCUCUUUCGCUCUCCUCUGUGGACCUGACAAUGGUGCAUUCAUUACAUAAGUGUAAAGUUGCCGUUAUUAUAUUUGGCUUCAUUGUAAAGCCCAGCUUGCCUAUAACAGCCUGGUGGCUGCCUCUUCACUGCAGAGAACUUAGCACCACUUUGUGGUGGGGAAGGGGCUGCUUAACCCUUUCUCGCCCACUUCUUUUUGCCUGAAGCUUGUCUUAAACUGCUUCCUCCUGGCAGGUCAAAGUUCCAGGUUGAAGUUUUCUGUGUGUGUUAGAAACAAACAGGGGUCCAGUGUACUGGUGUAGUAAAAGCAAUUGAGAGACAUUUCAGAGGAGUAGAAUUUGUCAGAAUUAUAAAUCUAAGAAGUGCAGUAAGUGAAUAAAAAUUCAGAACAGUCCCUGCCUGCAGGCUUGCAGUCUAAAUUCCAUUUAGGCUUUGCAAGGUCUAUUGAGGCUGGGGAACCUGUGACCCUCUAGAUGUUUUUGGACAUGCAGCUCCUACCAUCCCUGAUGGUCAGCAACAAAACAAUAAAUCAUCUGAGGCCAGUGAAGGAAACAAACCACAGCUCUUGCCCAGUGGCCCCGGCAACUCUUUCUAGGAGGUCAGUUGCGAGGACUGAAGGCCCCUGCCUUCCCAGUGCCCACUAGGACUUCUCAUCUCCAGGGUCUUUCCCACACAAUGUCAGGCUGCAUCUGCGCACCACGGCACCUC